GUUAAUGUGAGGGAACGCUGUAGUGUUGAGGGGUGCAGAUUACUUGAGAAAUUUGACCAUGAGGACUCGACGCGUUGCAUCAGACGUGCGCUGUGUUUUCUUGCUUUUCAACAGUAUGGAAAUAGAGAGGACGCUGGAGAGCAACUAAUAGGACUAUGAAGACGAGAAAUCGGGAGUCAACAGAGACACUAGACAAAGGAGCGCUCCCUUUCUAUAAAAUCACUCCAUAACGGAGCAAACAAAGCACGACAACUGUUUUGACACUUCCAUUGCUGUGCGGUUAUCGCCAUAAAAAUAAGACUGGACUGGACCCGCUCUCCGUGGAUCAGUUGGGAAACAAAACUGGAGUGCUUGAAAAUCCUCUGAUUUACUUCUGUGAGAAUGGGGGAACAGCCACUAUUCAGCGUGAAGGCGCACGUCUUCCAGAUUGACCCGGCCACUAAACGAAAUUGGAUUCCGGCCAGCAAACAUGCCGUCACCGUCUCCUUCUUCUUUGAUGCCGGCAGGAGUGUGUAUCGCAUUAUCAGCGUAGGAGGCACUAAGGCCAUUAUCAACAGCACAAUCACACCUAAUAUGACUUUCACAAAAACCUCACAGAAGUUUGGCCAGUGGGCAGACAGCAGGGCGAACACAGUGUAUGGCCUUGGGUUUUCCACUGAGCUGCAACUUCAGCAGUUCUCAGAGCAGUUUAAAGAAUUUAAGGAGGCCGCACGGCUUGUCCGGGAUAAAUCACAGGAGAAGUUUGAGCUGUUGAGUCCUGGCCUAAACAUCUCUGCUCCACAGCUGCCUCAGGCACUAUCUGUAGAUCGUCAGUCUCCACCGCUGCUUGGUGUCAAUGGCUCUAGUGAGGAUAAGCUGUUCCGCAGUAAGAGCGCUGAUAUGGAGCAGACCACUGAAAAAGAACAGAUGAGAAAGAUGCUUUCUGAAGGGUCAAUUUGUGAGUUAAACUCAGAGGCCGAGCUGUUUUCUCUUCGGGACAGCAACGUUAAGCUGGUAGCAGCUCUUCAUGAUGCUAACAGCAGCAUUGAACAAUGGAAAAAACAAUUAGCUGAAUAUCAAGAAGAAACAGAACGCCUCCGAGAGCAGGUUGCGGAACUGGAGGCUCAGAGCGGGGUUUCUGCUUUCAGUGAGACGGGGAAUGAGGAACUCACACAGUCUAUAGCAGAGAUGGAGGCUCUUAUCAAAGCUAAAGAUGAGGAAAUAAAGGUCCUGCGAAACAACAAACCAGAUUUUAGUGAGCUGGAGAAGGAAAAGCAAGAGGCCAGUCAAAGGAUGCAGGACCUGGAAGCUAAGAACUCCGAGCUAGAGAAAGAAGUUGAAACAGCGGCGAACGCCUUAGCUUCUUCUCAAGAAGCCCAGAGCAGGGCUGAAACGGCAGUGCAAAAGGUCAUUGAAACGCUAGAUGUCAAAAUCUAUGACUUAACUGACCUGCGGCAAAACCUGGCCAAGCUCCUGGACAAAUGACCACUACAUUUGGACAAUCAUUACACGGUAAAACUGCAGUUUUGAGGUUGAUGAAAACUUUACUGGAAUCUUCCCCAGCUGCACAACGAUUCAUCAUGGUACUAUAUUGGUAGAAAAAAAAAAACUCAAGAAGUGAAUAAGUAGCAUGACAAGCUAUUUAGGAGAAUAUUUGCACCCACAUUCCAUAUUUGCUUCUCGAGAGCUGAGAUUAAUGGGUGUAACUAACAAAUAUCACAUGACGACCAGAGCCUGUUUGCUUAAAUUAGUCAUGAGGAAAAUCAUAUUGAACUCUCUAAAAGAAUUUAAAGAAAUAGUUCACCCAAAACUAAAACUUCUGUCAUUAAUUACUACCCUUUCACUUGUUCAAAACCGGUUUGUCUUUAUUUAUCCUGCUGAAUCCAAUAAGAAGAUAUUUUGAAGAAAGCUGGAAACCUGUAAUCAUUGACUUUUACUGAUUUACCUAUCAUGCAAGUCAAUGGUUACCGGUUUUCAGCAUUCUUAAAUUUUGUGUUCAGAAGAAAGAAACAAACUCAUGAAGGUUUGGAACCACUUGAGGGCGAGUAAAUACUGAACAAAUUUAAAUUUGGGGGAGAUCUGUGACUUUAAGUACUUGGUACUAGAUUAUAAAAAUAGUUCAUGUUGUUGUUGAGAUCUGUGAUUUGGUUGUGACUAGUUUACUGAAGCAAAACAAAUAAGACUUCCCUUACAGGAAUGAACACCGUUAACUUCAUGUCAAAAUAACAAGUGAAACAAACACGUUAAAUGUUUUGGCGAAAUUUGCAUGAGAUAAAAGAAGUCAUCGAUUACUUUUUGUUCACAUGAAAAUGUUCUCAAACCACAUUUAAUAUGUGUUUCACUUUGAUUUAAAGGGACAGAUCUAUCCUAAAAAUGAACAUUCUGUCAUUUACUCGUUUAUUUAGGAGUACUAAUCAUUUAUGAGUUUCUUUCUUCUGUUAAACACAAAAGAAGAUAUUGUGAAGAAUGUUGGAAAGCAGCAGCUAUUGACUUAAAUAGUUUUUGUAUUUCUUGUAGAUGCCAGUGGUUACCAAUUUCCAACAUUCUUCAAAAUAUCAUCUUUUGUGUUCAAAAGAAAGAAAGAAACUCAUAAAGGUUUGGAACCACUUGAGGGCGGAUAAAUACUGAGCAAAUUUACAUUUUUGGGUGAACUGUGUCUUUAAGACUUGGUACUAGAUUAUAAAAUAGCUGAAGUUGUUGAUAUCUGUGAUUUGGUUGUGACUAGUUUUCUAAAGCAAAAUUAAUAAGACUUCCCUUACAGAAAAAAACACAGUUAGCUUCAUAUUAAAAUAACAAGUGAAACAAACAUGUUGAAUGUUUUGGCAAAAUUUGCCUGUGAAAAAAAUAAAAUAAAAUCACAUUUUAUGUUUCACGUGUGAUUUUUAAAGGGACAGUUCACCUAAAACUGAGCAUUCUGUCAUCAUUUACUCAUUUUUUUAAGAGUAAUCAUCAUUUACUCAUCAUUUAUGAGUUUCUUUCUUUUGAACACAAAAGAAGAUAUUGUGAAGAAUGUUGGAUAACAGCAGCCAUUGAUUUCAAUUGUGUUUUUAUUUCCUACAGUAUAAAUGCCACUGUUUACCAAUUUUCAACAUUUUUCAAAUUAUCUUCUUUUGUGUUCAACAGAAAAAAGAAACGCUUACGUAAUAAAUCUUCAUUUAAAGAAAUUUUUUUUGUGUGAACUAUCACUUUAAUGUGAAGCCAGUGUGUGCUUUUUUCUGUAAGAGUUUGAACAAAAUGUUCUGCAAAUGAAGCUCCUGUUCAAUGUAUCAACCAUUGUUAUUGUUAGAAACAUUAUAAGAAAAAUCUCAAUAUUUACGAACACCAGCAUGUCUCUGAUAGGACGUUUAAGUGAUUUAACGGCUUGUUGAACUUCGUUGAUCUUACAUGCCUAAUAAAAUUAGCUUAAUGUAGGGCUCUGUAAUUGACAACUAUAGAAAGAAGGAAAUCUAAGCACACAGCACUAACAAAAUAACAUGGUAUUUCUCUUAGUAACAACUGCUUAACGAGGGAAUCGUUACCUUAACUUCCCCUUUUCAUUAACUAAUUUAUUCAUUAUUUCAACUGGUCUGUCUGAAUAUGUCUGUAAUGUAAUGCAUUUCUGCAAGGAUUCAAUUUAGUUUUCACUGUCAGAUUCCAUUAGUUCAAAAUGGCACUUCUAACAGCAAUGACCCUUUAGGAAAAACACUUUCGCCUUUUUAUAGACCACUAUAAUUUGCAAUACCUCAGCAUGCAUCUUUAUACCAAGUAUUUUUUUCUUCCUGUUUUUGAAAAUGUGUUUUUAGCCUGUUAACUGUUGAGUUUACCUUGCUUGGACAUCUCUGUAACCUCAAAGACAUUUGCACAUAUGUUAUUUUUCUAUUGUGUGCCUGCUGUUUGUGGUUUUUAUAUGAAUUCCCAAUAAAAGUAUUUGCUUCAUGUUAA